UUAUUGAUGAAUUUUCCAUGUCUAAUUUGGUCUAUAGCUGUGAAAGUUUGUUUACUUCGCUGGGAUUAGUGGGAUUAAAUAUUUAUUAAUUAUUUAACGUUUGAAAUAAAUUAUAGUGGUUUGGCGGGGUACGUGAGUCUGAAACUAUAAUUUGUUUUUUACGUCUAGAAUUGGAAUAUCUUUAAUACAAUCUGUAUUUUUGUGCCUUGCGUUCUUGUUGCUGCUGCCUGCUGAAUACUACUAUUAUUAUACUUGUAAACAGAUAUAUCUUUUUAUUGUCAAAAGCCUAAUCAUAAGUUUAUGUGGAUCAUUAAAAACUAUUUUUAUUUAAAAAUUCACUCGUGUUUGAACUAUGAAUACAUUACCAUCUAUUAUGUGUUCUUCAAAAUUCCCAUUGUGAUGUGUAACAAUAUUGAGGUUUUCAGAUGCUGGCAUGACAUUCUUUAUUAUGAAAUAUGAAAUAUCAUAAAUUACAAAUUUUGUUUAUAUGUUUAUAAUUAAGAGAAUACCACAUCCACAUUUGUUGUCUUAAUAUUACAACAUAUGUUUUGUUCAAAACAUUCAGACUGUGAAGCACCAAUAUCUGUUUUAACAGAUAUCUUGUCAGAAAAUGAUCCUAUAAAAUUCAAAAAAAUCUCCGAGGAAUUUGAAGUAUUAGGAUUUAAAAAAGUUAAAGAUUUGGCACAAACCACCUUUGGAAAAGCCAGUUCGAUAAAGUUGUGUGGAGAUUCAUUAACACUGCUUUAUAAAGCUUUAGAGAUGUAUGAUGAACACCUUGAUAAUCUUCUAAAAUCAGCAAAAUUAGAAAAUAAAAAUGGAAAUUUUAACAAAACUCAACAAAUAUGUGAAGAAAUACUUCAGCAUAAACCUGAUGAUUUAAAUGUUAUAAUUCUAAUGGCUGAAUCAUUUUUUAAAAGUAGAAACUAUGAAAAGUCUAUUAGUUUCUUGAAAUUAGCUAAAACUUUGAAUCCAAAUUCUUUUGAAGUGUUGAAUAACAUUGCAUCUAAUUAUUGGAAACAAUCUCAAUAUGAUUUAGCAAAAUAUUACUUAUCUGAAGCUAUUUUUAAGAAACCUUUUUAUAAUAAUGGUUGGAUUAAUUAUGCUGAAGCAUUAUUUAAAACAAAUGAUAUAAAAUCUGCUGAAUAUGUUUAUAUCCAAAUUUUAAAUUUAAAACCAGAUUCAUAUACUGUAAGAAACAAGUAUGGAAAAUUUCUGCUAUCCAUAAAUAAAAACAAAAAUGCUAAACAGCAAUUUAAAAUUGCCCAGAAAAGUGCGCCAGAAUUUCAAGAAACUUUAUGUAAUUUAGGAGACGUAUAUUUUAAGACUGAUAAAUUUGACAAAGCUAUUUUAAAUUAUCAUAAAGCUUUAGAAGUAAAUUCUAAUUUAAAAAAUACUUUAGUUAAUUUAGGAUUAGCGUAUCUCAAAGUAACAGAGUACUCGAAAGCAAUUACGUCAUUUGAAAAAGCUAUUGAAUUGGAUCCAGAUAAUAUCUCUGCUUUAAGAUACUUAGCAGUUACAUAUUGUUAUCAAGAUAACAUGUUAUUAUCUGUUGAAACCUACAAAAAAUGUUUAAAACUUCAACCUGAUAAUUUAGAUAUUAAUUUAGAAUUGGCUUUGGUUUACUUUCAUAAUCUAGAAAAUUUUCAAGAAGCUGAAAAGUAUUUUGAAAAAUGUAUUGAAUUGAAUUCACAAAGAGAAGAUCUGUAUAAAUAUCUUUUUGCAGUAAACCAAAAGUUAAAUAAAUAUAAAAAUGCAUCAGAUAUUUGCAUUUCAUUGGGCGAUUUAUAUUUGGAUAGAUUUGAUCUAGAAAAUGCAAGAAAUGCAUUUACUACUGCUGUGUAUUUUAAUCCUGAGAAUGCGCAUGGUCAUUGGAAAGUUGGACUUACUAUGCAUAAUCUGGGUCAAUUUGAUUUGGCUUUAAUGAGGUAUAGGAAAGCUAUUGAAUUGAAACCAAACUUUGCCCAUGCUUACUGUGAUAGCGCAAUAAUUUAUGAAAAAUAUGAUCUUUACGAAAAGGCUUUAAAAUAUUAUAAAAUGGCCCUUCAACUUCAACCAGACCAUUUAAAUGCUUUGAUUAAUAUGUCACUUCUAAAACAAAAAUUAGGCCAGUUUGAUGAUAUUGUUGAUAUUUAUAAAAGAAUUCUUCAAAUUGAUGAAUCUGAUGCUUUUGAUGUACAUAUGAAUUUAGCAAAUAUUUUGCACAAAGAAAUUGGAAAUCUUAAUGAUGCUCUUUUUCAUUAUGAGAAAGCUUUGGCAUAUGACAAUACAUUUGUUGAAAUUUAUGUACGUAUGGGUAUUAUAUGUACUGAGUUAAACAUGAGUAAAAAAGCAUUAAGUUAUCUUUAUACAGCAAUCCAACUUGAUUCGCAGUGUUUAGAAGCUUUUAUUAAGGUGGGUUCUAUACAUAAAGAUAGUGAUAAUUUCAUCGAUGCGAUUCGGGCUUAUGAAACUGUGUUAAAACUAAAACCAGAUUUUCCAGAAGUAUAUUGUAAUUUAGUACAAUGUUUACAAAAAGUUUGUGAUUGGUCAGAUUAUGAUUCACAUAUGGCUAAGUUAAAAGAAAUAGUUAACCAGGAACUUGAAGAUGAUCAAGUUUUGUCCUUAUUACCUCAUGAUUCAUUGUUGUUACCGCUAUCGUUUGAAGUACAAAAAAAAAUUGCUACUAAGUAUGCUCAACAUUGUGUUGAGAAAUUGAAAAAAUCAAUUGAAGAACCUCAACAGUUUAUUUAUCCUACAUCUAUAAAAUUUACAGCUGGAAAUCUAAGGAUUGGUUUUGUAUCAACCAACUUUAAUAAAUACCCAAUAACAACGAUUAUGGAAUUCUUAUCCCGGUUAAAUGACGACCAAAUAUUUGUCAUUUGUUAUUCUAUAUCUGCAAAUGAUAAUAUUCCAUCCUGGUUGAAUCUCUUAAGUAACUUUAAGUAUAAAGAUUUGUCACACCUUAAAGUAAAUGAUGCUGCUAAAAUUAUAAAUAAUGAUGCAAUCCAUGUAUUGGUUGACAUGUGUGGUUAUUCAAAAGGUUCUAAACCUGAAAUAUUUGCUUUAAGACCGGCUCCAGUUCAAGUUUCAUGGUUUGGUUAUCCUAAUACUAGUGGUGCAUCAUUUAUGGAUUACUUAAUUACAGAUAGAGUAUGUUCUCCUUCUGAACUUCAAAAUUUAUAUACUGAAAAAUUGGCUUAUAUCAAUCAAACUAUUUUUAUUGGCGAUCAUAAACAGAAGUUUUCUAAUUUACGUCAACUCAAAGUCGUAGAUACUACAAAUGAUAUUUCACAUAAAAACAUUUAUCUUAAUGGAAACAGUUUUAAUGAAAUGGAAUCAGCUGAAACCAUUUGUAUUGAUGAAGAACCCUCAACAUCUGUAAUAUCUUACUCUAAAUCACGGUUCAACUUACCAGAAAAUGUUGUUGUAUUUUGUAAUUUCAGUAAGCUAUAUAAAAUAGACCCAUUUACUUUUCGUACAUGGCUCACUAUUUUAAAUAAUGUUCCUAAUUCUGUACUAUGGCUUCUACAUUUGAAUGAUGCUGCUGAAAAUAACUUAAAGAAAUUUGCUGAUGACUUAAAUUUUGAUUCAUCACGUAUAAUUUUUGCUGACUUUAUUCCUAAAUAUCAACAUUUGAAUCGAAUCCAGUUGGCCGAUAUUUAUUUGGAUACACGUUUAUAUAAUGGACACAUGGCUUGUUUGGAUGCAUUAUGGGCAGGAGUUCCAGUAGUAACAUUACCUGGAGAAACAUAUGCAUCUCGUGUAACAGCUUCACAAUUGACUUCUUUAGGGAUUACAAAUACUAUUGCUCAAAAUGAAGGAAAUUAUAUUGAAAUUGCAAUACAAUUGGGGUUAAACAAACAAGUCUUGGAAAAUAUUAAAAGAAAUAUUUGGGAACUUAAAAUGCAAAGUGAUGUGUUUGAUAUAAAUACCUAUGCAAAAGAAAUUAUUUUAAUUUUAAAAAGUAUGUGGAAUAACUAUUUGUCUAUACAUGAAUUGGAUAUGUAGAAAUGAAAAUGAAAAAAUCUGCUAUUUAAAAUGUUUAAAAGUUCAAUUUUUUUUUU